GGCUCCCUGGACGACGGCGCGGGGGCGGGGCCGCGGCGACGCGGGACAGGCGGCGCGGAUGGCGGCGGCGCAGGGCUCUUGAGCCGGCCCGGGCCAUGAGCGCCGCCCGGCCCCAGUUCAGCAUCGAUGACGCCUUCGAGCUGUCUCUGGAGGACGCGGGUCCCGGGCCCGAGUCCAGCGGCGUCACCCGCUUCGGGCCGCUGCACUUCGAGCGCCGGGCCCGGUUCGAGGUGGCCGACGAGGACAAGCAGUCCCGGCUGCGCUACCAGAACCUGGAGAAUGAUGAGGAUGGAGCCCAGCCCUCUUCGGAGCCAGAUGGAGGAGUCAGCACCAGGGAUUCCGUCCAGACAUCCAUCGGCAGCUCCCAGUGGUCCUUUAGCACCAUCAGCAACAGCACGCAGCGCUCCUACCGUGCCUGCUGCAGCUGGACUCAACACCCUUUGAUCCAGAAGAACCGCCGGGUAGUGUUGGCCUCCUUCCUGCUCCUGCUGCUGGGGCUGGGACCUGGCACCCAGCAAGUGCUCCAUAAUGUUUGUUGGUUGACUCAAAGGCCACAUCAAGGAGCAGACAGAAAUCUCUCGUUUCACAGACAUUUCCCAGGGCCUGCCAGCUGCCCCGCUCUGAAAACACAGAGCUUGGUGAGCUCCCCAGGGAGGGUCUCUGCUCAGGGGAUCUUCAGCUCAGUGCUCAUCCUGAUCGGCGUGGGACUGGAGGUGGCCCCUUCGCCAGGUGUCUCCAGCGCCAUCUUCUUCGUGCCCGGCUUCCUGUUGUUGGUCCCGGGAGUGUACCACGUGGUCUUCAUCUACUGCGCCGUCAAGGGCCACCGGGGCUUCCAGUUCUUCUAUCUGCCCUACUUCGAGAAGUGAGCCGCCGGCGGACGGCCUGCAUCCAGCGUCGCCUCCGAGCGGCCCUUGCUGCCUCCUCGCGUCCCCAGGGGGCGCUCCUCGGGCCCGCGCCCCGCUGUUUCCCUCAUCUCAAGGGAAAAGCCCCUUCAGGACCCUUGAGCCCCUAGCUCCACUGGGAGUUUGCUCAGGAAGUUUGGGGCGCCUGGGCCUGGGAAAGUGCCCCUCGCCUGCUCUGUGCCUUAACUUAUUCUCCGGCCUUGGGGCUGCUGGGUUGGUGGUGGUUUGUACUAAUAAAAGGGGUACUUAAUUCCA